GUCAGCGUCGCGCCGUGCGCGCCGUCCGCCUCCGCUGCUCGGCGCCCUUAUUUCGGCUGCGAGGGGCGGGCGCGCGCGUAAAGGCAUAGAGACGGGCGCUGAGCUCUUGGGCUAGAGCGUCGCCGAAUCGGAGCCGGAGCCCGAGCCGCGCGCUGUGUCUCCGCUGCGUCCGCCGAGGCCCCCGAGUGUCAGGGACAAAAGCCGCCGCCGCGCCGCCUGCUUCCGUCGCCGGGGCUCAUCCGCUGCCGCCGCCACCGUGAGGAGAGUCCGCCGCCGUCGCCACCCGUGAGGAUCCGAGAGCCAUGUCGGCCAGCAGCCUCUUGGAGCAGAGACCAAAAGGUCAAGGAAACAAAGUACAAAAUGGAUCUGUACAUCAAAAGGAUGGAUUAAAUGAUGAUGAUUUUGAACCUUACUUGAGUCCACAGGCAAGGCCCAAUAAUGCAUAUACUGCCAUGUCAGAUUCCUACUUACCCAGUUACUACAGUCCCUCCAUUGGCUUCUCCUAUUCUUUGGGUGAAGCUGCUUGGUCUACCGGGGGUGACACAGCCAUGCCCUAUCUAACUUCUUAUGGACAGCUGAGCAACGGAGAGCCUCACUUCCUACCAGAUGCAAUGUUCGGACAACCAGGAGCCCUGGGUAGCACUCCAUUUCUUGGUCAGCAUGGUUUUAACUUCUUUCCCAGUGGGAUUGACUUCUCAGCUUGGGGAAAUAACAGUUCUCAGGGACAGUCUACUCAGAGCUCUGGAUAUAGUAGCAAUUAUGCUUAUGCACCUAGCUCCUUAGGUGGAGCCAUGAUUGAUGGACAGUCAGCUUUUGCCAGUGAGACCCUCAAUAAGGCUCCUGGCAUGAAUACUAUAGACCAGGGGAUGGCAGCCCUGAAGUUGGGUAGCACAGAAGUUGCAAGCAAUGUUCCAAAAGUUGUAGGCUCUGCUGUUGGUAGCGGGUCCAUUACUAGUAACAUCGUGGCUUCCAAUAGUUUGCCUCCAGCUACCAUUGCUCCUCCAAAACCAGCAUCUUGGGCUGAUAUUGCUAGCAAGCCUGCGAAACAGCAACCCAAGUUGAAGACCAAGAAUGGCAUUGCAGGGUCAAGUCUUCCACCACCUCCAAUAAAACAUAACAUGGAUAUUGGAACUUGGGAUAACAAGGGUCCUGUGGCAAAAACCCCCUCACAGGCUUUGGUUCAGAACAUAGGUCAGCAGCCAACCCAGGGAUCUCCGCAGCCUGUAGGUCAGCAGGCUAACAAUAGCCCACCAGUGGCUCAGGCAUCAGUAGGGCAACAGACACAGCCAUUGCCCCCCCCACCACCACAGCCUGCCCAGCUCUCAGUGCAGCAACAGGCAGCUCAGCCAACCCGCUGGGUAGCACCUCGGAACCGUGGCAGUGGGUUCGGUCAUAAUGGGGUGGAUGGUAAUGGAGUAGGACAGUCUCAGGCUGGAUCUGGAUCUGCUCCUUCAGAACCUCACCCAGUGUUGGAGAAGCUGCGGUCCAUUAAUAACUAUAACCCCAAGGAUUUUGACUGGAAUCUGAAACAUGGCCGGGUUUUCAUCAUUAAGAGCUACUCUGAGGACGAUAUCCACCGUUCCAUUAAGUAUAAUAUCUGGUGCAGCACAGAGCAUGGGAACAAGAGACUGGAUGCUGCUUAUCGCUCCAUGAACGGGAAGGGCCCCGUUUACUUACUUUUCAGUGUCAACGGCAGUGGACACUUCUGUGGCGUUGCAGAAAUGAAAUCUGCUGUGGACUACAACACAUGUGCAGGUGUGUGGUCCCAGGACAAAUGGAAGGGUCGUUUUGAUGUCAGGUGGAUUUUUGUGAAGGACGUUCCCAAUAGCCAGUUGCGACACAUUCGCCUAGAGAACAACGAGAAUAAACCAGUGACCAACUCCAGGGACACUCAGGAAGUGCCUCUGGAAAAGGCUAAGCAGGUGUUGAAAAUCAUAGCCAGCUACAAGCACACCACUUCCAUUUUUGAUGACUUCUCACACUAUGAGAAACGCCAAGAGGAAGAAGAAAGUCUUAAAAAGAACGUCAAGGUCGUGGGAAAUAAGAGGCAGUUCUGCACAGACUGCAGCAACGGUUGCAUCUGCAUAUCCUAAGAGGAAAAAAAUUGACCUUCAAGAGAAUUAGGACUUUUUUCUUAAUUUCAUUGACUUCAGAGACGAUUGCAGACUUGCAGUUUAAGUAUUGGAAUUUCACAAAAGACAUAGGACUUAACUGGAAAAUGAAAAAAAAAAGAAAAAGAAAAAACUAAACAAAAAAUCCCUCUAGGUAGUUUAGGUGAAAAAUGUCCCUUUUAUUUUGGCUUUGGUUGUGAUUUCAGAGCAUAAUGCUUUGUUUUUUUGUCUUUUUACUAUGUUUUUCGGAUUUUAAAGUCCGUAAGUGCAUACAGUUUUCUCUAAUUUUUAAACCCUUUCCUCCCCCCAUUUUGGCAUUUGCACUUGGAGAACACUUGAGUUUUGAAGGUUUUGGGCAUCCACCCCAGAAAGUGGGAAUUUGUUUUUUCCCUUCCGAACUGGAAGAACAUUUUUAUGAAGAAUUUUUGUCUUGGAGAAUUUAACAGUGUUACCCAAGGUUGUGUCUUUAAGGGUGGUUCAUUUUCUCUGACCCUUUGUUAUUCAAAGUAAAAUACUAGGAGUCCUAAGAAAUGUUCUGUUCUUGUACAUUAUACUGAUUAAGUCAGGAUUAAUUUGAUUUCAAAGCUAAGAACAGUGGUAAAAACUUGUUUACAGAAAUGCAUUUUGGAAGAGAAAAAUAUUGUAAAACGUGUAGUGAAUGUUUCUUCAGUUUCUUGUUCAGCCAAUGAGGAAAGGGCAUUGCCUUUCUUUUUACCAUUAAUCACUUCUCAAUAAACAUGAGAUCCUGUUGAGCAUCA